AUGUCGGGUUCUGGCAAGGAAGUGUUGGUUCUUGGUGCCGGUAUGGUGGUGCGCCCGCUCGUGCCCUACCUCACCCAGCACGGCUACCGCGUCGUCGUCGCCUCCAGGACGCUGGCCAAGGCGCAGCACAUCGUCGAGGGCAUCUCGGGCGCCAAGGCCGUCGAGUGCGACGUCGACACUGAUGAGGGCAAAGCCGUCCUCGAGACCCUCCUGCCCUCUGCCGAUGCCGUCGUGUCGCUGCUGCCCUACCUCCUGCACCCGUUCCUCGCCAAGAGGGCUCUCGCCCACAACAAGCACUUCUUCACCACCUCCUACGUCAGCCCGGCGAUGAGGGAGCUCGACGAAGAGGCCAAGGCCAAGAACCUCGUGUUCAUCAACGAGUGUGGUGUCGACCCUGGCACUGACCACAUGAGCGCCAUGCAGAUCAUCGACGACGUCAAGUCCAAGGGUGGCAAGAUCCUCUCUUUCACCUCCUACUGCGGUGGCCUCCCGGCGCCCGACAGCAACAACAACCCUCUCGGCUACAAGUUCAGCUGGUCCGCCCGCGGCGUGCUGCUCGCCUCCACCAACAACGCCAUCUUCCUUCAGGACGCUACAAAGGCCAAGAGCUAUCGACGCUGA